ACAAGUCUAGACUUGUUAAAAAUAUGACUAGAAACCGCCGCCUAUCUUGUGGUUCUUGGAAUUCCUCUUGUUAUUUAAAAACCUUCUGGGGAAGCUUUAGUCUGGACGUUGUGCUGACUAGUUUAAACCUAAUUAACAGGUAUAUGGUGAUGAUCUUCCAUGAGCCUUCGUGCAGCUUCUCAGAGGGCCUCUUCUCCCUCUCUGCACUUUUUCCUGACACCGCUCAGGUUUCCUGAAUGUUGUCCGACCUGCUGCGCUGCUUUCCCUGCACUCACACUUUGGGCUGGAUCAGCUGUUUGGGCCUGUUUGUGAGUUGAAAAUGUGUGGCAUGUUUUUUUUUGUAUUUUUUUUUUUUUAAUGUGGGCGUUUCUCCGUCCUGUCUAACACCCAUGUGACUAUAGGACCCAGUGAGAGGCACGAGGGGGCGCGGCAAGAUUUUUAAUCUGACCACAGAACCUGUUAGCUGACUCUUGCUUCCUCUAAGACACUUCAUGUGUUCCGUCACAAACAGUUCCUUGAUGUAGGAGUCACUAUAGAGAAGUGCGCAGCAGAAGUGCAACCGCACUCAAGACAGCCAUAGAUCUUCCCCCUGUGCCAUGGAGCUGUGGGACCUGACAUGCCUGUGAAAGGGGCUCCGUCCCCAGCAGUGUCGAGUCAGUCAUGGAGCAUCAGGCCAGGAUUUUGAGGGACAUCUUGACUCAUUUGGAGAGGCAGGAGGCAGCGGGUGAAGAAGACCAGAAUGGCAUUGGUGGGGAGUUUGCAAAAUUGAAAAAUCAGUCUAUAAAGUAUCGUGUGGACAAGACCUUUCCCACAAAGAGUGCAGAAAAAACGGAGAACAUCAAAAAGAACCGGUACAAGGAUAUCGUUCCCUUCGACCACAGCAGAGUAAAGCUCAGCCUCAUCACAUCAAAGAAGGACACAGAUUACGUCAAUGCCAGUUUCAUAAAGGGGGUGUCAGAGUCCAGGGCUUAUAUCGCCACUCAGGGUCCACUUCCUCACACAGUGGUGGACUUCUUAAGGAUGAUCUGGGAGUUUAAUGUUCAGAUCAUCGUGAUGGCCUGUCGAGAAUUUGAGAUGGGGAAGAAAAAGUGUGAGAUCUACUGGCCGCAGACACUCGGGGAAACAUUUACCUGUGAGCCGUUCACAGUUUUCUGUGAUUCAGAGGAAAACAAAGGAGAUUAUCUGACAAGGACGUUAAGGAUGACUUAUCUUGAUUGCAGCCGCACUUUGAAACAACUGCACUAUUACAACUGGCCAGAUCACGGCGUACCGGACACCAUCCCUCCCAUUUUGGACAUGUUGUAUGAGAUGCGCUCCUUUCAGCCCCAUGAUGACAUCCCCAUCUGCAUCCACUGCAGUGCUGGCUGUGGCAGAACAGGAGUGUUGUGUGUCAUCGAUUAUACGUGGAACCUCCUCAGGAAGCAGAUGAUUACUUCAGAUUUCAACAUCUUCACUCUAGUUCAAGACAUGAGGACGCAGCGGCCGUCCGUUGUGCAAACAAAGGAGCAAUAUCUGCUGGUCUACAGAACCAUCAGAGUUCUGUUUCAGAGGUAUUUGGACUGCAUGGAACCAGAUCGUCCUCAAAACAAGGUACCAGAGUUACCUGAUUCUGAACCAGAGCUGUCUGACCUGAGCGAUGACUCCGAGUUCACACCAGACCAACGACACCUUCUAGAUGAGGAGGAUGACCGUUGGAAUCCACCGCAGCACCUCCCGACUCUUCCAGAGGUUCUAGUCACCACCCACGGCUUCAACAUGGAGCCCCGGACCUCACCUAAACGGGUGCACACGGACCUGAGGGAGCCUGCAGAGGAGAGCAUUCAGGAGAACGGGGAUGUUCUGACACGCAGCACUCCACCUGCAAAGGUGGUGGCGGAGGCCAUUUGUCUGAUGGUGGAGGACCCUUACUUUGACACUCCUCUGAGCUCCCCGUCACCCGAGGAGGCUCCAGCCGAAGACUCUACGUGGACACUCAGCCCUAUCUUCCAAACUCCGUCGCUGCUCCUAAACGAUGAGACGCUGACCUCAAACUCUCCUGCUCCAGAUUCCAUCAGUGGAGAAUCACCGCCUCCUCUUCCUGAACGAACCCCCGAAUCCUUCGUCUUGGCUGUGAAUGAAGAGCUUCCGGAUCCGUGUGAAAGGUUGUCAGUUGUCUUUCCCCCAAAUUUUGCAGCUGAAGCUGUUAAGGAGUUAGCAGGGAGCCCCCCUUCACCGGUCCCACCACUUCCAGAACGAACACCAGAGUCAUUCGAGUUAGCCACCGAUCCAGCUCCAUGUGAUCAGCAGCCUGUAGUCCCAUCAGCACCGACUCUGGAUUCAGGUGGAGGCUCAUCGAAUCAGAUCUGGUCUGAGUCAGCGGGCGCCGUCCACAUGAGGGACUCAAGUUGUGUGAAGAAAAAAAGCUGGAGAGCAGAAGUGGCUCUCUCUGCACCAAUGAUCAAGUUUGACAUGACCUCUAACCCCAACAAUCACUGUGUGAUCAUGGACCCCCACCCGCCUCCACCUCUUCUUCAGGUUGAGAGGAGUGCCCCAGUGUGCCCGCAACCCGCACAGCCGGCGCCGAAGGUCGGCCUGUCCUCAGAGUGGGCCGGCAGAUCUGAGCCCAAGGGUUUCCUCCACUCUUUCAUCAGGAGUAAGAGUGUCCGGGCUAAAAGUUCAAAACAAGAGCCCCUCGCAGUGUUUCGGCCUCUCGCCCCACUUCCUGUGGCGGCCGCUGGAGGAGGAAGCGCCCAAGCGGAACAUGACGUGAGCCUCAGGCCGAGUUCUACCGACAAUUCAGGAACCAAUUCGGACAAAAGCAGUGAAAAAGGCAUAACUAGAUCAAAGAGCCUCAAAUGUCUUAAAAAUAAACUAAGACCCAAAAUCGCCCCACCUCCGCCUCCCACCCAACCUGCAGCCCCUCCGCAGUCACUCAGCUCCUCGUUGGCUGGGUUCAAGCUUGGAUUUGGGAGCCGCUUCAGGAAGCCCAAAGGCCCGAGAGCGUAUCCAGAGACCUGGGUGUGAGGCGCACACAGAGGGGCUGAAGGCGAUGGAGCGCAGCAGCACCCCCUGCAGGAAGCACACAGAUAGUGCCUCAGCUUUUCCCACAUAAGGAAACGAGCUUUUCGACGCGUUUUGUAGUUUUUAUAGUGCAAAGGAGCACGUUUAUGUAUGCAGGUGUGCGUCUGUGUGCAGCGAGGGAAGCAGACUGUUUGCAAAACCUUAGUUUCUUCUCAAAAGUGGUGAAAGCAUGAUGGGUGUUGUGGGUGCAGAUGUGAUGCUGCUGCACAGGCAAACAGGUUAUUUAUUAAAAAAAUACUCAAGUGUGGGGGCUUUGAGAUGUCUGAAGUUGCUGUUUACGUUUUCGAACAUCAUUGUUUAAAUACCAGAGUUGGCUGAUGGGUAAAUGGAGGAUGCAGAGGAAGAGAUGAGUCCAUCGGGUCACCAAACACUUCCGGGCUAAGCCCAACAGAGCAAGGCACUAAAGAUGCGGUUCAUGUAUCGCAAAAAACAAAAGACUUCUUUGAAAUCUCAGCGAUCUCCUAAAUACAAACACAGUAGUCUCAUCUACAUAUUUCAUCUCUAUAACUAAAUGCUUGCAUGAUAAAAAAUAAAUUAAAAAAUGACAAAUAUGACCACAAGUUACAUUUACAAUAAACAACCAUUGACUGUAUAAAAGAACUGGACUAGAGUUCCAGCUUCAAGACAUUAAGUCAAUUCAGUCGCCAUUUUUUUUUUUUU